CUGGAUAUUUUUAUUUCUUAUUUUGUUCAUAAUUUUGUUCAUAGAAACUCCUCGAAAUCUCAGUCACAACAAACAAUACAUUAUUUUUCACAUGACUCGCAAAACCUGACCAUGUCGUUAUUAGACUUUACAAAAAUAUGUCGAAUAUGUCUCGAGCCAAACAAACAAACAUACGAUAUUUACACCAGUUAUUGUGUAAAAAGCAACACUACUUACCAUGAUAUGCUAACAAAUUGCACUAAAUUGAAGCCGCAAAAAGAGGAUGGUCUACCUCGUUUAAUAUGUAAGGAAUGUUGUCGGCAGCUCAAGCGUACGUACAGUUUUAACGCACAAUGUGAUGAGAGCGAUAAAAAGCUAAAAUUGUUACUAGAAAACUUGUCAGAGGAAAGCAAACAGAAUGGAGGUUUGGAUGCAACUGUGAAACAUGAAGAUGAUGGGGAAAUAAAAUCCGAGGGUAUUGGUGUUGAUGGGGAAUUAUUGACGACGCUAGAUGAUAAUGUGCAGGGAGAUCUGUUGCCAGCACUUGAUGAUAAUGGCCAGGAAGAACUUAAGGAUAUUAAGCUCGAGCCAUUAUUAAAUGAUGACGGAAGCAACAGCUCUUGGGAUGCUGAAGAUAAUGAUGUGUUAUUAGAACAAAGUAAAUCGAAGAAAAAAGAAUCAAAAUUACUUGAGGAGAAACCAAAAAAGAAAAGAGGUAGAAAGAAAAAAGUGUAUUUAGAAAAUGAAGUACGCCGCAUACCAGAGAGUAAGCUGCCGCAUCAGUGUGACAUCUGCGGGAAGGUACUCAGUACUAAGAGUAAUCUGAAAGCACAUAAGGUGUGCCAUUCGGAUCUUAGACCGUUUCAGUGUACUGAAUGUCCUGCUACUUUUAGAGGCCACAGUGCAUUAUUUCAACAUAAAAAAAUACACUCGGGUGAAACUCCGUACCACUGUGAGUAUUGUCCGAAGCAGUUUAGUAGACGCACCGGACUCGUCAACCAUGUACGAAUGCAUAAAGGAGACAAACGGUACAGUUGUGACGUAUGUUUCAAAACUUUCGUGCAGAGCGCUCAGCUAUCCAUUCAUUUGAGGAGACAUAAAGGAGACAAACCCUUUUUGUGCCAAGUCUGUGGGAAAGGAUUUCCAAUAAGGGCUGAAUUGAAGGUUCACCAAAGGACACACAAUGGCGAAAAGCCAUACUCUUGUCAUCUCUGUACGAAGACGUUUGCGACAUCUGGCAACUUAUCCAUACAUGUUAGGAUACAUAAUAAGGAAAUAAGAUAUAACUGCAAAGAAUGUGAACGAGGUUUCGUGACUUGCAGCGCCUACAAUGUCCACUUAAAGAGACAUAAAGGCCAGAGAGACUACCACUGUGAAUGUGGCAAAACCUUCUUCACAUCAUCGGCAUUAAAACAACACAAAGUGGUUCACACAGGAGAAAAGAAAUACCAAUGCAAAAUAUGUGACAGAAAGUUCACACAAACUAGUCAUUUAGGUCGACAUUUUAGACGAGACCACGCUAAACCGAACGCGCCCUUACCUUCUUCGGAAACCUACAAAAUAGUGUUGCCAGAUAAUAAUGUGUUUACGUUAAUAGAUAGUACGAUACAGAAAAUUUCGCAGAAUAUUAAUAGUGAUGUGAAGUGUGAAGGUUCGUAGCGAAGGUUAAAUAUUUGUUUGAACGUAAAACUACCUCAGUAAUGUAGUUUAUUGGUUUUACGGAUUUGUCGAUAUAUUUUGUCGCAAUUAUGGCAACUUUUAAUAUAAUUGUUUGAGUUUU